AUGGGACCUGGUCUUGAGAUGUCUAUCCCAGGCUAUCGCGACAGCAGCAGGAUAAUCUGGGACCAGCAGACCGUAGUGAAUAGACUAUGGGAGCGCUGUGCGCUGAGCGCGGGAUUACGAGAGCUUUUGGCCACCUGUCCUGGAGAGAGGUACGACGGCCCAGGACACUGGGAGUUUAGCAGGCUCAAUGACCGCAUGCGCUUUCUUAAGUACACCAAAGGGCAGUUUUUCCUUCCACAUACCGACAGUCCCUAUUAUUAUGAGGCAAACGGGGAGAAAUUCCUGACGUUUUACACCGUGCACCUUUACUUAAAUGACUCGUUUGAGGUGGAUCCCACGUCGAAGCUUGUUGGUGGAACCACGUCGUUUCUGUCAAAGGACAAGUCGAAGCGAGCAGAUGUCAAUCCAAAGGCUGGCAGCGUACUGAUUUUUCAACAUAAAGGACUGUAUCACGAGGGGGCAAAAGUGAUUGACGGGAUAAAAUAUACUAUGAGAACUGAUAUCCUCUACCAAUGGGUCCCAGCUCCAAAGAAUGGGUAG